CUGCGUUGCGUCAUUGUUAUUGUGGGACUCGCUGUUUCACAGAUUUCGACACAAGUUCGCUCUAUUUACUUCGAACUUGCGGAAGAAAGAGAAUAUUCACAGUACGUUUCAACGAUGUCGCUCCUAAAAGACAGUUCAUCCGACGAGAGUUUGCAAGGAUCCUGGGUAGAGCUGCAUUUCAGUGGCAGCAGUUCUCAGUCGAGUAGUCAUCAUGAGAGCCACGAUCACAUCCCAACACACAGCCAGGAAGCAGACCUGGAGAGAAUGCUGCUGGAGGCACAGCAUGAGUCAGGAAGGAGCAGUUCAAAAGGAAGCUCACAAUGUAACAGCCCUCUCAGAGCCGAGACCCCACUCCUUGUGUGGAAAGGCUCAGGAGGAAACAGUACACAGUCAGAUGAAGACUUUCAAGAAAGAAGACGAGAAGUAGACAAUUUGCUGAAGAAAAAUGCUGACUGGAUUUGGGAUUGGUCCAGUCGACCAGAAAAUAACCCACCCAAGGAGUUCCUGCUGAAGCACCCUAAGCGCACGACCUCUCUCAGCAUUAGGAACACCAGUGUCAUGAAGAAGGGUGGCAUUCUCUCAGCUGAUUUUCUGAAGCUGUUUCUGCCGUCAUUAAUCAUUUCCCACAUCCUGGCUGUUGGACUAGGGAUAUACAUUGGAAAGCGCCUAACUUCCCAUAACCCAUCAACCUAUUAAGUUGGUGACAUUAUAGUGGCCCUACAGCCAUGCCUUAAAACUGGAUUUUGUGAGCCUAAAGAGAGACAAGAGGGAGCUACACUGACCAUCAGUCUCCAAAGCAAGUUCCCACUGCAUUGUAUCUCUGCUUUUGCUGCUUUUCAUAUCUCUACGUCGAUGUGUCUGAGCUGUUGAUUGUAAUGGAAAUCCACCAAAUAUAUUUUAUUUUGAAAUUUAUAAGAAUCAUUCUUUAUAAGGGAUCAUUAGUUAUGUGAUUUUUACAUUUACUCAGCUUUUUUGAAUGCACAAGUGUAUAAAGAACAUGUAUGGUCCAUAUUGUUUUUCAUAAGCUAAAUAAAAAUGUUACAUA